AUGACUGUCUCAUCACCUACUGAAGUGGCACCUCCGCCUCCCCGUGCACCCAUCACAUCCACGGGAACUGGUAUUGCAAAUCUUCCUAACCAGCGUCACAAAAUCGUUGCCAAGAAUGGUGCCAACUUCACGUUGAUGGUGUGCGGUGAAUCGGGUGUGGGCAAGACAACCUUUGUCAAUACCCUUUUUACAUCCACCAUCAAGGAACCCAAGAAUUUAAGCAAACGUCGCUUGCGUUCUAAUAACAACAAGACCGUGCAAAUCCAGAUUACCAAAGCCGAGCUGGAGGAGAAAAUGUUCAAAGUCAAGCUCACCAUCAUCGACACUCCCGGCUUUGGUGAUUAUGUCAAUAAUCGCCAUAGCUGGAUCCCUAUUGUGAACUUCAUUGAUGACCAACAUGAAAGAUACAUGCGACAAGAGCAGCAGCCUUCGCGUGAAGGGUUGGUGGACAUGCGUGUCCAUGCAUGCUUGUAUUUUAUAAAACCAACAGGCCACACAUUAUCGCCUUUAGACAUUGAAGUCAUGAAACGUUUAGGCUCACGUGUCAACUUGAUACCUGUCAUUGCUAAGGCUGAUACUUUGACACCUGCUGAUUUAGCAAAGUUUAAGCAAAACAUUCGGGAGGUGAUUUCAGCACAAGAAAUUCAAGUAUACUCGUGCCCUAUUGAAAGCGAGGAUGAAAUGACUACCAAGCGCAACGCAAACAUUAUGGCUGCACUACCUUUUGCUGUGAUUGGGUCAACCGAAGAGGUGGUGACGCCAGAUGGUCGACGCGUCAAGGGUAGACAAUAUAGUUGGGGUUGCGCUGAAGUUGAGAAUGACGAGCACUGCGACUUUAGAAAGCUGCGUAGCUUGUUGAUCCGGACUCACAUGCUGGAUCUUAUCACUACCACUGAGGAGCUGCAUUAUGAAAACUACCGCCAAACACAAAUGGAAACGAGGAAGUUUGGUGAUCCAAGAUCUCAACCCACGGAGAAUGCUAAAUUCAAGGAAGAGGAAGAAAUGCUUCGUAAGCGUUUUACAGAACAAGUCAAGGCUGAAGAAGGCCGGUUCCGAAAAUGGGAGCAACAACUAUUGAGUGAAAGGGAUCGAUUGCACAAGGAAUUGGAGCAACAAAGUGAACGUAUCAAGGAAUUACAAAGUGAAAUGGAUUCAUAUUAUUAUAAUCAUCACAAUUCGCCUAGAGCUGUUAGAAGAUAA